CACCCUGGACGACCUUUCCAUAGCUCUCCUAGCGGAGCCUGGCCCGCAGCUAUCGCUGGGAGGUGCGGUGGGGGUGGAGAGGGCUGGGGGCACCAACCCGCCCAGGCCCCAGGCGGGAGUCCAGCCCCACAAAGCCAGGCGGGGCGACGCUCGGCCCGGCCCCGCCCAGUGAGCCCGAACCAGGUUUCCGAGCCGCGGACUGUGCGCGAGCGCUUCCGCCAAGCAGGUGGAUUGAAUACCUUCUAGGAUUCUUUCUGAGUCUCUCCAUGGCAACAGCACAUCACCUCUAAAUGAUUGCUCCGGAAAGAAUGACAUUCGUGGCCAUUGCUGCAGCUCUGGGUUGUACUUUCAGGACUCUUAACCUAUGGUGAUUUUUUUUCCCCGAGAAUUCAAUUUUUAAAAUCUAGUAUCAAGGCUAUUUAUUUUAGAGUGGAAGAAGCCAACUCGCCUAAUGUGACUUCCCCAGUCAGAAAAGAAAGGGAAUCUCCACAGCCUGUGUUUGUCAGACUGCUUCUCCUGGGCCAUUCCAAAGCAGACCUGAGUUAAUGAAAGUGAAGAGUAUUUGCUGACCCAUCAAAUUCUGGUGUGAACCUCGCAAAUGUCGUCCAAUGACGGAAGACCCAGGAAUCGGGACAGGCACCACGACGAAGUCCCAAGGGAGGUGGACUCUCGGGAUGGCACCGUAAGAACCUUCCAGACGCUUCACAACAGCGAGCUGGCCGUGAGCGCUGAUCCGUUGCCACCACCCCCUCUCCCAUUACAGCCACCAUUCGGCCCAGACUUCUACUCAAGUGACACGGAGGAACCGGCCAUCGCGCCAGAUCUCAAGCCCGUACGGCGCUUUGUCCCCGAGUCCUGGAAGAACUUCUUCAGAGGGAAGAAAAAGGACCCCGAGUGGGAUAAGCCGGUGUCCGACAUCAGGUACAUCUCUGAUGGAGUCGAGUGUUCGCCUCCAGCCUCUCCUGCCCGAGCAAACCACCAUUCACCCCGCAACUCCUGCGAAGAUCCUCACGGCGGGUCCCUGGGCAGCUGCGCGUCCCGGAAGGAGGCUGAGGCCAUGUUUCCCCACGACCCCUACGGGUCCCUAGGGCGACACACGCACACCGCCCGCACCUACAGCGAGAAGGUGGAGGAGUAUCACCUGAGGUAUUCCUACAUGAAGUCCUGGGCAGGCCUGCUGCGCAUCCUGGGUGUGGCGGAGCUGCUGCUGGGGGCCGGCGUCUUCGCCUGUGUCACAGCCUACAUUCACAAGGACAGCGAGUGGUACAACUUGUUCGGAUACUCGCAGCCCUACGGCGCCGCAGGCGUCGGCGGCCUGGGCAGCAUGUACGGGGGCUAUUACUACAGUGGCCCCAAGACCCCCUUUGUACUCGUGGUUGCCGGCUUGGCUUGGGUCACCACCAUCAUCAUUCUGGUGCUUGGCAUGUCCAUGUACUAUCGGACCAUCCUUUUGGACUCGAAUUGGUGGCCCCUCACUGAAUUUGGGAUCAACGUCUCCUUGUUCAUUUUGUACAUGGCUGCAGCCAUCGUCUAUGUGAACGAUACCAACCGAGGAGGACUCUGCUACUACCCGUUAUUUAACACGCCGGUGAACGCGGCCUUCUGCCGGGUGGAAGGAGGGCAGAUAGCAGCGAUGAUCUUCCUCUUUGUCACCAUGAUUGUGUAUCUCAUUGGUGCCUUGGUUUGCCUGAAGCUGUGGAGGCACGAGGCGGCCCGGAGGCACAGGGAAUACAUGGAACAGCAGGAGAUAAGUGAGCCAUCAUUGCUAAUGAAAAGAAAAAUGUGCGACCUGGCCACUGCUUGUGACAGGCAGAGAGACCAAGAAGUUCACUGUAAAGAAUUGAGAGCAACAAAAAUGAAACCUGAACUACUGAGUGGACACAUCCCUCCAGGCCACAUCCCUAAACCUAUCGUGAUGCCGGACUACGUGGCGAAAUACCCUAUGAUUCAGACAGAUGAUGAACGAGAACGCUAUAAAGCUGUGUUCCAAGACCAGUUUUCGGAGUACAAGGAGCUCUCCGCGGAAGUUCAGGCCGUCUUGAAGAAGUUUGAUGAGCUGGAUGCGAUGAUGAGCAGACUGCCGCAUCGUUCAGAAAACCAGCAGGAACAUGAGAGAAUUUCAAGAAUCCACGAAGAGUUCAAGAAAAAAAAGAAUGAUCCUACAUUUCUGGAAAAAAAGGAACGCUGUGAUUAUCUGAAGAAUAAGCUUUCCCACAUAAAGCAAAGGAUUCAAGAAUAUGACAAAGUAAUGAAUUGGGACAUACAAGGUUAUUCUUAAAACCUAUUUGAAACCACUUUUUUAAAACAAGCUUUAUAUUUAUUCACCAUCUUUUUUAUGCCAACCUGUGUGAUAGAGAAGCACAUGCCUCCUGGAUCAGCUUCUGGUUGGUUCAGCUGGAAUGCCAUGUGAAAGCAGUGUGUGAUUUGAGACAUUGUGAAACAAACUGAAAUUUACUAAGGGCUUUUACUAGGCGUAGAAGACAUUCUGUGUUCAUCUGUGUACCAUUUAUCUUAUUAAAACUGAUUUAGAGAUUCUGUCCUUCUAACAUGCUGAGCAAGUGGAGUGUCCAUUCUGGUGCUGCUUUCCCCUUUUUCACUUCAGCCAGUUCCUGGGAUUUUUUGAGGACAAAUUUCUCUUGCUAGCCAAAGAUGGCCUUUUUUCCCUUGAAAGGGGUUUGAAUCCGAAAUCAACAUUUUCAAGCCUUAUGACCUUGGGCAAGUUGCUUAAUCUGUGUAUGCCUGUUUCCUCAUCAUAGUACCUACCUCUUAGGGUUGUUAUGAGGAUUAACUCAGUUAAUAUGUGUAAAGCACUUAGAGCAGAGCUUGGCACACUGCAUUAGCGUCUGUGAAUUAAAUAGAUGUUUUUGAAUUGAACCAUCUAGAAGAAACCUCAAGGAAAGGUUCUCAGUGAGCAAGUCCAGCCAGCUAAACCAAGGUCAGGGCCUUCUGACUUUCUUCUUUUAAAAGCUGUAAAUAACUCCUACUCCUGUCGCCUGAACCAGAUGCUCCCCUGUGCCCCUGGGGUCCAGUGCAGCCUUGUUGCUUUUCCUAAGCGCUGUGCCUAUACCUCCAGAUGCCCACAGCCCAGCCAUUCUUGUACUCCUCUAACAGACGGAUUGUGUGAAUAUUGCUGCUGGUUCUAUCCUUUUAGACGUCCAUCCUGGCGUUCCUGUGGUGGCUUAGCAGUAACAAACCUGAGUAGUAUUCAUGAGGACAUGGGUUCAGUCCCUGGCCUCGCUCAGUGGGUUAAAGAUCCCAUACUGCUGUGGCUGUGGUGUAGGUGACAGACGUGGCUUGGAUCCUGUGCUGCCGUGGCUGUGGUGUAGGCCGGCAGCUGUAGCUUUGAUUCGAUCCCUAACCUGGGAACUUCCAUGUGCCGCAUAUUCAGCCUGAAAAAAAAAAAAAAAAAAAUAGACAUCCAUCCUAAGGCCCGAGGAUGUUACAUCAACUUAGAAUCUCCCUUUGAUUUACUGGAAUGCUUCAUCGUUCUAAGAAUUACCUUGGCUUUGAGGCUUUAUUCAUGAGAACCGCUUUGUUUUUAUUAAUACGAGCGAGGAACUGCUCCAAAAUGUUUUUAAAAAAUCACUGUUACUGGAUCUUAUGCAAUACCAUCUGUGCUGUAGAUAAUUUCCCAGGUGUGGAAAUACAGUUUCUCCUUAAUAUAGCUGCCGUUCAAGCAGUUACUACUCAGUGAGUUUUCUGAGGUGAUGAAACCAAAGAAAAGCAUAUGGAAAAGCAAAGGCUUGAAAAUAUUGGUUACUGGAGUUCCCGCUGUGGCUCAGCAGUAGCGAACCCAACUAAUAUCCAUGAGGACACAGGUUUGAACCCUGGGCUCACUCUGUGGCUUAAGGAUCCGGUGUUGCCGUGAGCCGUGGUGUAGGUUGCAGACAAGGCUUCGAUCCUGCAUUGCUGUGGCUCUGGCGUAGGCUGGCAGCUGUAGCUCCAAUUAGACCCCUAGCCUGGGAACCUCCAUAUACCUCGGGUGUGGCCCUAAAAAGACAAAAAAAAAAAAAAAAAAAGGUUACUGAAUGAACUUCUUUGUCCUUUGUCAGUGAGAUCUUAUUUGGUGUUUAUUAUUAGUAUUUUCGUUCCGUGGUUCUCAGACUGUUCCGGGCCCUAAGAGUCUUAAGAGGUGAUACCUAGGGAAGUGUGUGGCCCCCCUCUGGAAGCUUCCCCCCAACAAAACACCUUCCCUUUCUGUUUUACAUAUUAGGGCCCCAUGUUAAUAUUUCACUUAAGAAGAGCGUUUAUGCCUUCCAAAAAAAAAGAUGGAAUAAUGCCAUUUUGGUAAACUGUAAAGAGGUUAAUAUUGAAGUGAAAUGUUAAGGAAAUCUAACUUUUGGAAGCCUUAUUUCACUACAGUUGUAAAUUUUAAUCUUUGGAAACCAAUGUUGUAACGCUGAUUUUUACAGUUUUUAUGUCAAUAUCUAGCAUAUUAAAAUUUCAGUUUCGUGG